CAUCGCACGAGAUGGUGGUUGCCUGCUGCAAGUUCCUAUGCUAUUUCUGCCGCACGUCGCGCCAGAACCAGAAGGCCAUGUUCGACCACCUUCCCUUCCUCCUGGAGAACAGCAACAUUCUUCUCUCGCGACCCUCACUUCAAGGCACCACUCCCCUCGACGUCGCUUACUCGUCCCUCAUGGACAACACUGAGCUCGCCCUUGCCCUCAGGGAGCACCACCUGGAAAAAAUAGCGGUGUACUUGUCGCGCUGCGGCCUGCAGAGCAACAGCGAACUCGUCGAAAAGGGCUACCCCGACCUCGGCUGGGACCCUGUAGAGGGCGAGCGCUACCUCGACUUCCUGAGGUUCUGCGUCUGGGUGGGAGGCGAGAGCGUGGAGGAGAACGCGAACCUGGUGAUCCGUCUGCUGAUCAGGAAACCCGAGUGCCUUGGGCCCGCCCUGCGAGGCGAGGGAGAGGGCCUCCUGUGCGCCAUCGUCGACGCCAACAAGAUGUCGGAAAGAAUAGCCAUGCAGCGCAUGGGCGCGGAGGCGGAGGGUGUGAUGGAGCACCCGAUGCCAGCAGGCGAGGAUGACGUGGACUACAUCGACACAGGGGCCGCCAUCCUCAGCUUCUACUGCACACUCGUCGACCUGAUGGGGCGUUGUGCCCCCGAGGCGCAACUUAUCGCCCAGGGCAAGAACGACAGCCUGCGCGCCCGCGCCAUCCUGCGCUCGCUGGUGCCACUUGAAGACCUGCAGGGCGUGCUGUCGCUCAGGUUUUCCCUCUCGAACUCGUCGGACGGCGGAAGCGACAUGCCCUCGGGUCUCGUGCCCUCACACAAGCAGAGCGUCGUCCUCUUCCUGGAGCGCGUCUACGGCAUGGAGGACAAGGAGCUCUUCUUCAAGCUCCUCGAGGAAGCUUUCCUCAUGGACCUCAGGGCGGCGACGCUACUCGAAAAAGCUGAUGGCACCGAGUCUGAGAUGGCGUUGGCCCUGAACCGCUACAUCGGCAACUCCAUCCUGCCUGCUCUCAUCAAGCGCUCGAGCUUCUACGCUGACGCGGAGAGUAACGCUCCUCUCUUGGACGCCACCCUGCACACCGUCUAUAGGCUCUCCAAGUGCAAGAUCCUGACGAAGGGUCAGCGGGAGAUGGUGUCAGACUUCCUUGUGGCUCUGACCCGCGAGAUGCAGCCCGCCAUGUUGCUGCCGCUGCUGCGUAAGCUCACCAUCGACGUGUCGAAGCUCUCAGAGUACACCACAGUCGCGCUCAGGCUGCUGACGCUGCACUAUGAGAGGUGCGGCAAAUACUAUGGUGCCUCAGCAGCGACGCCGGGUACCGCCACGGAGGAGGAGAAGCGUCUCACCAUGAUGCUCUUCACCAACAUCUUCCAGUCGCUCUCCAAGAUGGAGUAUGACCCUGAGCUCUUCGGCAAGGCGUUGCCGUGUUUGUCUGCCAUCGGUUGUGCUCUGCCGCCCGACUACUCCCUCACCACCGGCUACGAGGACGAGCUCUACAACACGUCCUCUACCGCAGAGGGUCCCUACAACCCCCUGCCCAUCGACAUCUCAAACGUGGAGCUGGACCAGGACAUCACAGACCUGGUGCACAAGUUCAGCGAGCACUACCACGACGCGUGGGCCGCGCGUAAGCAGGAGAACGGCUGGACCUACGCGGAGACACGCAACGACGAGGAGAGGAAACACCCCAGGCUCAAGCCCUACGGCAUGCUCUCUGAUUACGAGUGUGAGCGCUACAGGGAGCCGGUGAGCCAGGCUCUUAAGGCGCUCCUCGCCCUCAAGUGGUGCAUCGAGUACGAGAGCAGCGACGGCGGCGCCGGCAGGGACAUGAUACACUCCAGUGACUCGAUGUCGGAAAGAAUAGCCAUGCAGCGCAUGGGCGCGGAGGCGGAGGGUGUGAUGGAGCACCCGAUGCCAGCAGGCGAGGAUGACGUGGACUACAUCGACACAGGGGCCGCCAUCCUAGGCUUCUACUGCACACUCGUCGACCUGAUGGGGCGUUGCGCCCCCGAGGCGCAACUUAUCGCCCAGGGCAAGAACGACAGCCUGCGCGCCCGCGCCAUCCUGCGCUCGCUGGUGCCACUUGAAGACCUGCAGGGCGUGCUGUCGCUCAG